AUGUUGGCCAUCAAUCUCGUGCAGGUUGACCCAACAUCCUUUACCAAGAAGCGCAAGCCCAACACCUUUGUCUCCGCUGAGCACACAUUUGUCAUUGACAAUCAGGCUUCUAAGGGUCGAGAGAGGCCGGGCGUGGUUCAUGCAAGCUCUACUAAUAGGCCCUGCGUUGUAGAACUGCCUUGCUUCGGGUGCCAUCUGUCGGCUUACUCAAAUUUGGGCUUCUUCAGGGAGAACGUCAUAGAUCACGCAUUUGAAGUGCUUCCACACUCGGGUGAACAAUCCGGCUCGGGCACAAACCCCGCCGAAUCGCCAGCACCUGAUGAUAGCCCUGGAGGGUCACUCGGAGGGAUUGAUACCGAGACGCCAUAUGCCACUUUUCGAAAUGAUCAGCAUGGUACCAGUGGAAGCAUUUCUAUGUCACAGCUGGAUUUAACGGGUCAGUCCUUGCAGCCCGCUCAGCCAUCAGCCGCCGCCGACCAGGUCAUCUCAGGUCCAUCUAGAAUUCCGAUGCGUAUAGAUCGAUUCGAGGCCUAUGUGAAAGACAGCCUUGGGUCAUACGCUCCAUCCUUCCUGGAACAACAACAGCACGACUAUGCUUAUCCCCAUGCGAAUCCGGCGAGUGACACUCAGCACGACAGUGUUCCAACAGCCGGUCCUGGGCAAGAUACCAAUUGGUUCCAGAAUAGAAGAGCCCCUGGGCCGUUAGAGGUCAACAUGUCCUCUCGUUCCACUCUCAAUCUGGAGCAGCAAGCUCUCAUGCUCGACUCGGCAGACAUGGAAUACCUUAAGGCGAAGGGUGCCUUUGACCUGCCGCCUCGAAGAUUACAGGAAGAUCUUGUUGAGGCUUACUUUGCUGAUGUACACCCAACCGCACCUGUCAUCAAUCGCCACGAGUUUCUCUGCACUUUCCACGGCGGUGGAAGCCCAAGCCGGCUGCUUCUGUUCGCCAUCUUCACGUCUGGGUCUCGUGCCUGUCGAAAUCCAGCGCUUCUAGACAGCAAGGGGUCGAACCAAAGCAGUGCACAGCGGUUUUACAAAGCCACAAAGGCCUUGUUGGAUACCGGCUACGAGCAAAGCCGACUUGUACGCGUCCAGGCGUUGCUGCUUCUUACCUGGUGGUGGGAUAAGAAGGACGAUGGGGGGAGAAACAUGCGAUCAUGCGCCGUUGAUGCAAUCAACACAGCGCAGAGUAUUGGAAUGCAUCGAUGGGACCAUUAUCCCAAGGAUGAUCUAGUAUUAGGGCGCCUGUGGAAACGAAUAUGGUGGACAUGUUUUAACCGUGAUGUGGCGGUCGCCGUUUCUCAUGGUCUUCCUUGCAUCAUUUCGCUAUCCGAUUUCGACGUUUACCCUUUGACCACAGAGGAUUUCAUUGAGGAACCCGAGGUCGCGGAGCAUCUCCAUCGAUAUCCAUACCAACCUAUCGAAGUGGCAUUCUCGAUAGAAGUCAUCAGGGUGGCCGAGGCUCUACAUCAUAUUCACCAGGAGCACUUCGUCACACAGCAUCUCCAAAAGCCCGUGACCGGCUCCAUCGCGGAGCGCGAGGCGAAUCUGGCGUCUCUAAGAGACCUGGGUCAGUCACCCCUACCCCCUGGUGAGAAGGGGGUAAGAAUAGGCUUCCCCGACGACUAUAACGACCAUGGGAUCCAGCUCUGCCGAGACUGGCUUGACCGAGUUCCUCAGGCCCUGCAGUACGAUAUAAAUGACAUUCAGAAGCAUGAGUUUUGGCCGGCCUUUCUGCACAUCCUAUACUAUACAAACAUUAUGCUGCGUUUCCGGGGCAAGGCAGUCGCUCGCCAGACCCAGGGUCGUGCAGAGGCCGAGCGACUCUAUUGUCAAGCUCGAGGUAUCGCUGCAGCAACCAUGGUCAGCAGGAUUCUUCGCAACCCUUGUCCUCAUCUGACCAAGACCCUCCCCAGUACCAUCUCGCUCUUCAACUGCCUCAUCUUCUUCCUCAUCGAAGGUCAGUCGCCAAAUGACGAGGUUCGACGUGACGCCCAGACCAAGUACUCGUUGUGCCUGCACGUCUUGUACGAGUUUAGCCAACUCUGGGUCAGCGCAUCUCUGAUCCACCGGCUAUUCGAGACGUUGCAAGCCAACAUGCAACUUCCGAGAUCUGCAGGCUCAUCCCUGUUUGACGCCAAUCAUUGGCAGGCGCCUCUUCCAGGUUUGCGUGUCUCUAGCGACAUUACCGAAUCUUACAUGAGACAGUUGCUGGCAAUGGAUUUCCACUAUGAAGGCAGUAGCGUAGCUGGCUUGAGUGUUGGCCAAUCCUCAUCCGGGCUGGGAACAGACUUUUUCCCUCCUGUCGAAGCACCUCAAUACUUUCUCGAGGAUUCGUCGCGGCCGUCUCCAGAUCUGACCCUCCCGCUUGGAGCCAGUGUCCCAAGCUCCUUAGACAUAGAGCAGUGGUGCGUUUUCCCCAGCUUCCUUCACACCCAUCCCGACAAAGAUAUGAAUCCCUCUGAAGUUACGGAGCUGACCAGCGCCGGGUAA